GGCUGGGCUGCAAAAUGUUUGCAGCACCUUGAAUUUUUUGAUGAAGACAGUCUUCCUGAUGCAUUUGGAUUCUUGGACCUGGACUCUGUUAUCCAUGGUAUUCAUCUCAUUCUCACAGUCAAUUUCAAGACUACCAAUGAGUUAAUGGGACCAAUGUUCGCAUGCUCAUGUGGGGAACUCUCUGACUGGCACUUUUAUUAUCUAACCAUCUUCAUUGAUAGAGAUAUGUUCAUGUGGUUUUGUGGUGGUGGAGUAGGCCACAAGGCCACACGUAAUUGGGAUGAAUUUCUCUAG